AUGUUCGGGGCUCGCUCCACUCCCGCCACGGGUCGGCCCGGCAUUGCAGUGCCGCCCGGCCGGGAUCGGCCCACAUUAUCCAACUCUAUCUUCGUCGGUUUAGCCAUAAGCUCUUCACGAGAUCCACACACCAGGUGUGAUCGUGCAAGCCGCGAGGAUGAGACGUGGCGCGGCGCCCUGAGCGUGAGGCGGGCGCGGCUUCGGCCGACAGCCCUCGAUGAUCGUUCACUCUCCGCCUCGGCGGGGAGCGUGGGGCGUCGUCGCUGUCUGAGCGGC